AUGGAUAUCAUGGCCAAUUCAUGUGAAAGCUUGCUGGAUCAGUUCCUGCAGGAAAGGGAGCCAACUGCUCUGGCAGAGGGUGGAAUUGCAGCUUUGGAUAGUAUGAACAUGGAUCUACUCGAGCAAUUGCUGAAUGCACAGGAACCAUCAGCACUGCCAGUCAUGCAUGAGAAAUUAAACAGGAUGGAUGGGUCUUCAACACCUGCACAAGAUGUUACUAUGCAGGAUAUGAGGGAACCAAUGCCUCCCCCACUUGUUUCAAAUGUGAACUUCCAUCUGCACAGCAAUCUCUUCAAAUGGAACAAUGGGGAUUGGCACCUGUUCUGCAUUGCAAUCAAGUCCUGUGUGCCUUACAUGCCAUGGCACCUUGCAUGGGCUGUGAAUGCCAUUGCAAGAGAAUUGGGCACAGCUGCAAGGGACCAGUAUGGUGCAGCCUCUCAGGGCCUUCAACUCAGUCAAUAUGCUCAAUUUGAUGGAAGAUGGCCCACACAUUGGCUUGCAAACCUAGCAAUGGACUUGUGUUCCAUGCCAGUUAUACUCCUCCCCUCCUGGCAUGCUACCAGUGCAUACCUCAGACACCAAGAUGAUGAGCUAAUUCCCCUUAGCACAUUUAGCAUAAUCAACAAUAUCAGUGCCAUUGUCUUGCAUUGGACCCCACAUGCAGCUGAUCCCAAUUCUGGCUUUGCAUUCCCUUGGUGGCUAUAUCAUUCCAAGGAAUAUGCAGUGGAUUCCCAAAGAUUGCAAGGGCAAGGCAAGGGAUUGUUUUCUGCAGCCUGGGAUUUUUUUAAGUUGAUGAUGGCCCAGGGCUUAUGGCCAUUGCCUGAGGCACCAAUCACAGACUGUCUUGAUGGCCAUAUUGAGGAGCAGGUAAACUACUGCAUCGAAAAUAUUUGGAAAUAUGCUGAUGUUGUCAACAGUCAGGGUCAACAAAUUGACCAUUUCUAUGCUAGGUGGUGGGCAUUGCAUGGGUUGUUGGGCAUGCUGCUUCAAUAG